AAAUUGCAUGACAUUUGAAUAAUAAGCAAUUAAAUAUGUACAGGUUCUCUAAAGAGUCCCUUUUUUUUACAUAUGCAUGAUCAUUUUAUUGUGCCAGGUGGCAGGUCCCAAAUUUCUUCAGGAAUGUUAUAGUUAUUAUUAUUAUUAGCCACAGAGGCGAUGUUCUACUCGGACAGAUUAGCAAGUAGGACCGGAAGUUCCGUGAAAGGCGCGAACUGUCAACAAUUAGCUUAAAUUUUCGUACUAUAAAUUAUUUGUAUAUUUAUUUAAUGUUGUGGCGAUUUUAUUCCGGUUUGUCCUAAAAAAGCGAGUUUUACAUUUUAUCUAAACAUUUUCACGUUGUAACCGGCUAAGUUAGCAGCAGCCAUUUAAAACUCAACAUCGUUUGUUAAGAAAAGUUAGUUUUUACCGAAUUUAAGUAGAAACGGAAAUGUCUUUAUAUUCACUACCAGCCGGAGUCCAACCAUAGGAGUUCAACAUGCUUAAAGGAAACAAGGAAUGCCUCUUAGUGAAGUUUGUGGAAAGUGACGGAUCUCUGACAGAUCAUGCCACCAAAGCGUAUGAGGCCAUUUUGGAGCUGCAGUCUGAAAAGUAUUUACAAACCAUUAAGGAAGAAGAUGUGCUGCAGAUGAAGCAGAAGGACAGGUCUCUGUUUGUGUUGAGCAGCUUCACCUCUCCAGCUUUCCUGCACUGUAUGCAGCUUGGCUGCAGAAUCGUGAGUCCACUGGUGGUGCUGUACUGCUUACAGAAUCAGCGCUGUGUCCCCAAAGCAGAGAAACCUGUGUAUAAUAUGGCAAUGGCUGAUGUGACCAUUUCCUGCACCAGCCUGGACAAAGCAACACGGACAGAAGUGAUGGAUCUGGUGCAACUGAUGGGUGGACGGGCCAGUCUUGAUCUCAAUGUGUUUGUCACGCACCUGAUUGCAGGAGAGGUUGGAAGUAAAAAAUACCUGGUGGCUGCCAACCUGGGUAAACCCAUCCUUCUGCCCUCGUGGGUCAAAGCCUGCUGGGAGAAGACCCAGGAUAGUCUUUUAAGGUAUACAGACUUGCCAGUGGAGGAUUAUCUGUGUCCCGUGUUGCUUGGCUGUACAGUUUGUGUGACGGGCCUCUCCAGCCUGGAGCGUAAGGAGGUGCAGCGGCUCUGUGAGCAGCAUGGAGCUAAAUAUACUGGCCAGCUCAAAAUGAACGACUGCACACACCUGAUUGUUAGUGAACCAACUGGUCAGAAGUACGAAUGCGCCAAGAAGUGGAAUGUUUACUGCGUGUCUGUAAACUGGCUCUUUGACAGCAUAGAGAAGGGUUUCUGUCAAGAUGAGAGCAGGUACGCCGUGGACCGCCGUUCAUCAAAAACCUCCGCACCGCACACCUCUACUCCUACUGGCACCAGCAAGCGGCAAGAUGGUCCGUCUCUGCUGGGCUUGAGCAACAUUUCUGUCAGUGCUAGCGUUGGGGUAAAUGACACUGCCCUCACCAACUCCACCGUGAGUCGUGUGGAGACGUCGGACCCCGUAGAUUUCCUUGAUCUCACCGUUUGUCCUGUCGAUGAUGUUUUGGAUGGCUGUAAGCUGUAUCUCUGUGGCUUUCCGGUGAAGAAGUUGGAGAAGCUGCGGCGACUUGUAAACGCUGGCGGAGGUCUGCGCUUCAACCAACCCUGUGAGGAACUGACUCAUGUGGUGAUGGGAGAGCUGGACCAGGAGCUCCACAAGUUUCUCUCUAAAGCCACUUAUAGGCCUCAUGUGGUAACAGUGCAGUGGCUGCUGGAUAGUUUCUCUAGAGGCGCUCUGCUCCCAGAGGAAGGAUACCUCCACCCUGACUGCCUUCCUCCUGCUGCAGCUGCAGCAUCCGUGCCACCUCCCAGAUCAUCAGCCGGACCGCUUGUUCCCAGUCCAACCACUCCCAGGUUAAAGACGGCAGAUGAGGAUCUGCUCUCACAGUACAUGGACGGCGACCCAACAGUUGUUGACGUGCCACCACCAGGAGGAGAGAACAGGGAGUCCAUAAGCACCGCUGCAGAGCCCCAACCCGAGUCGUGGGAACCCAAUCAUACCAGAGCAACGCAAGACUCGACCCAGCAGGAAGGCCUGUUUGCCGGCAGGUCCUUCCUCCUUGUGGGUUUCGAUCCUGAAGCCGAGGCGCAGUUCUCCGUGCUGGUUUCAGAACGAGGAGGCAAGGUACUGCCGGCCCGCACUCGAGCGGUGGCGGACUACGCCGUGGUUCCGCUGCUGGGCCGCUCGGUGGAGGCCACGGUGGACGAGGUCGUCACGGAUACAUGGCUGGCCAUGUGUGUGGAGAAGGAGUGUGUUCUACGUCUGUCCGCCAACCCUUUGUUUGUCCCCGUCCCUGUGAGGGAGGGACAUUUUCCUCUAAAGGACUGCGUCCUCUCCGUCAGCCAGUUUACUGGAGCAGAGAGGGAGUCCCUGGUGGAGCUCGCCAAGUACCUCGGAGCAAAUGUGCAGGAUUAUUUUGUGCGCCUGGCCAACCAGAAGAAAGGGAUGCUGGCCAGCACUCACCUGGUGUUGCAGACUCCUGAAGGCACAAAGUACCAGGCAGCAAAGAAGUGGGGGCUCCCUGCUGUCACCAUGCACUGGAUUCUGGAAUCCGCUCGUACGGGCAAGAGGGCGGCGGAGGAGAAGUACCUGGUUGACCUACCUCCUUCUCCAGAGAGAGAUGAAGAGAGCUUUGUGGGCGGCUCCCAGAAACCCAUCCUGCCUCCGCCGCGUCCACGUUCCCCUGAAAUCCCUCUGCUGGGUCCGCAGGGCGGGAAAGCCGUCACCCCGCUAGACCUGGGCCGCUUCCAAAGCAAAGUGUUUCGCUCCGUGCUGGAUGAGAUGAAACCCGAACAAAACCAGGAGGACAGUAGAAGGAGGCGGCCUCAGAAGGAGCCUCCUCUGCAGCUGGACACGCCAUCUCGGUUCCUGAGCAGAGAUCAGCUCUUCAGACCGUCGUUUAACGUCGCGGAUGCACUGGGAGCUUUGGAAACGCCUGGUGGGCGAUCAAAGCCAGGAGAGAAGGUGGAGACGCCGCUGACUGAUGUCAUCAACCGGAAUCUGAAGGUGGCUCUGGCCAACAGCUCACGUGGGAACAUGUCAGACCUCCAGGCCGUCACCGCCAGCCCACAGCUGGCCAAGACGACAGAGAAGGAGGCUCCAGAAGCAGCAGCCAGACCUCUGACUGGUGUUGUGAUCUGUGUGGCGAAGAAGCUCAGCAAAAUGCAGAGCGAACUAAACGCUGUUGCUGCCUCGCUGGGAGCUGACUUCAGAUGGGCUUGUGAUGACACGGUGACCCACUACAUCUACCAGGGUCGAGUGGGGGACAGCUCCAGGGAGUACAGAGGGGUGAAGGAGAGAGGGCUGCAUGUGGUAUCUCAGUACUGGCUGCACGCUUGUGCCGAGGAGCAGAAGCACGUCUCAGAGUCUCUGUAUCCGUUCACCUACAACCCCAAGAUGAGCCUAAACCUGAGCCAGGUGCCCAGCAGCUCCCAGAAGUCUCCGCCUUUCCCACGAACACGGCUCCGAGACAAACUUGACAAGUCUGAGCUCCCCGCUGCAGGAGCAACCUCAGCUGUGAGUAACGGAGGCGACGAUCACGAUGAGAAGAGAGACAUGCUGGAAAUGGGGGAGACCCUGCAACGACAGCUGCAGGAGAUCAUGUCCGCCACCAAGAUAACGACGGGCAGACGCACGUCUGUGAGACUGGCUAGAAUGGGAUCAGGAGGUGCUGAUUCUGGUCCGAACACACCCGACGUGAGCCGAGCCAGCCGCGGCGGGAGCAGACGGACCCUGGAAGCUCUCAGAGUUUCCAGAGAAGCAGCCCUGGACAUCAACACGGAGCCGUCUCAGAGCGAGCAGAUCGUCUGGGAUGACCCAACGGCCCGGGAGGAGCGGGCGAAGCUGGCGGAUAACUUCCAGUGGCCUGGAAGUCCGUCGCAACACUCCGAACCUCUCACGGCUGCUGCUGCACCUGCACCCCCUCCCUCCGCAGAGACCAGAUCACAGUUGAAGGACUCCAUGACGGACUCGGAGCUGGUGGAGAUCGCUGCUUGUGAGGUUAUUAACCAGCAGCUGGGUCAGAAGGUCAUGACCCCUCCACCAGAGGAACCAGAGGAAGACAUCCUCACUCCUAGAGCUCCUAGCAUCGCCUUUCCCCUCACUAAACCAGCAGGAGCUCCGGAGCAUCAGGACGAGACAAGAGAAGAAAAGCAGCCUCCCAGAUUCCAGCUGUCCUCCCUCAGUCCUCAGGAGCGCAUCGAUUACAGCCAGCUGAUAGAGGAGCUGGGUGGUGUUGUCCUGGACAAGCAGUCCUUCGACCCCAGCUGCUCUCACAUCAUCGUAGGGACUCCGCUGCGCAACGAGAAGUAUCUUGCAGCGAUGGCUGCCGGUAAAUGGAUCCUGCAUCGUUCCUACCUGGAAGUCUGUCGCUCCCUGGGACACUUUGUCCAGGAGGAGGAGUAUGAAUGGGGCAGCAGCUCCAUCCUGGAGGCUUUACCCUCCAUCACCUCUCAGCAAAGGAGGCUGGCCUCGUCGGCCAUGCGCUGGAGAAAAGCUCUGCAGGGAAGCUCUGAACAGAAGGGAGCUUUCAGCGGCUGGAGCGUGAUGCUGAACAUCGACCAGAGUAGAGAGUCCGGAUUCAGGAGGUUACUGCAGUCAGGCGGGGCCAAGGUGCUGCCAAGUCCCUCCUCAUCUCUAUACAAAGAGGCCACUCACCUGUUUGCAGACUUCAGUCGUCUGAAACCUGCAGAUUUCAGGGUGGACGUAGCAGAGGCGACGGCUCAAGGGGUGACAUGCUUGAAACCAGAGUACAUCGCAGAUUACCUGAUGCAGGAGCCGACUCCACCUCUUGAGCUGUACCUCCUGAGUGCACCUCCCUCUGAAGAAGCAUCAUCUACUCCGUCAUGUAAACGCAAAGCAUCAUCCGACACCUCCAGGCUGAAAAAGAGCCGUGUGAACUGAAACACAUCGACUGUAAAAAGAAAUUGUUAUUGUCUUGUAUAAAAUAAAAAACAUUCAGCAUC